AUGAAAUCAAGCGGUGUCUGGAAAGCUGUUUGCUGGGUAGAAUCAUUACAUGGGAAAAAGAGUUCUGGUGGAGGAGUGGUUGGAGUUGAUGGAGUUGUUGAAACCGUGGGCGUCGGGGUCGUACUUUCCAUUGUAGGUGUAGACGAUGACAUAGUAACUAUUCCUCCGGUAGAUAAAAAAGGAGACGAAGGCAACGUUUCCGCUAUAGAUGAGGAAGAGGAUGAAAUCAUUCCUACGGUAGACGAUAUGUCAGAUGAAGUCAUCAUUCCCACUGUAGAUGCAGAGGGAGAUGGGGAGAUCAUUCCCAAAGAAGAUGAAGAGUCAGAUGAAGACAUUCCUACGGUAGAAGAUAAGUCAGAUGAAGUCAUCAUCAUCAUUGAAGGUGACGUUUCAGAUGAAGACAUCAUUCCUACGGUAGAUAAUAAGUCAGAUGAAGUCAUCAUUAUCAUUGAAGAUGGUGUUUCGGUGUUUCCUGCGUUAGAAGAUACGUCAGAUGAAGACAUCAUUCCCAUUGAAGAUAACUCAGAUGAAGACAUCAUUCCUACGGUAGAAGAUACGUCAGAUGAAGUCAUCAUUCCUAAUGUAGAAGAUAAGUCAGAUGAAGUCAUCAUUCCUAAUGUAGAAGAUACGUCAGAUGAAGGCAUCAUUCCUCCGGUAGAAGAUAAGUCAGAUGAAGUCAGCAUUCCCAUUGAAGAUGAAGACAUUCCUACGGUAGAAGAUAAGUCAGAUAAAGUCAUCAUCAUCAUUGAAGGUGACGUUUCAGAUGAAGACAUCAUUCCUACGGUAGAUGAUAAGUCAGAUGAAGUCAUCAUUAUCAUUGAAGAUGGUGUUUCGGUGUUUCCUGCGUUAGAAGAUACGUCAGAUGAAGACAUCAUUCCCAUUGAAGAUAACUCAGAUGAAGGCAUCAUUCCUACGGUAGAAGAUACGUCAGAUGAAGUCAUCAUUCCUAAUGUAAAAGAUAAGUCAGAUGAAGUCAUCAUUCCUAAUGUAGAAGAUAAGUCAGAUGAAGGCAUCAUUCCUCCGGUAGAAGAUAAGUCAGAUGAAGUCAGCAUUCCCAUUGAAGAUGAAGACAUUCCUACGGUAGAAGAUAAGUCAGAUGAAGUCAUCAUCAUCAUUGAAGGUGACGUUUCAGAUGAAGACAUCAUUCCUACGGUAGAUGAUAAGUCAGAUGAAGUCAUCAUUAUCAUUGAAGAUGGUGUUUCGGUGUUUCCUGCGGUAGAAGAUACGUCAGAUGAAGACAUCAUUCCCAUUGAAGGUAACUCAGAUGAAGGCAUCAUUCCUACGGUAGAAGAUACGUCAGAUGAAGUCAUCAUUUCUACGGUAGAAGAUACGUCAGAUGAAGUCAUCAUUCCUAAUGUAGAAGAUAAGUCAGAUGAAGUCAUCAUUGCCAUUGAAGAAGACGUUUCAGAUGAAGACAUCAUUCCUACGGUAGAAGAUAAGUCAGAUGAAGUCAUCAUUCCCAUUGAAGGUGACGUUUCGGAUGAAGUCAUCAUUCCUACAGUAAAAGAUAAAUCUGAUGAAGUCAACAUUCUCAUUGAAGAUGGUGUUUCGGAUGAAGUCAUCGAUUCUACGGCAGAAGAUACGUCAGCUGAUGUCAUCAUUCCCAUUGAAGGUGACAUUUCAGAUGAAGACGUCAUUCCUACGGUAGAAGAUAAGUCAGAUGAAGUCAUCAUUAUCAUUGAAGAUGGCGUUUCAAAUGAAGUCAUCAAUUCUACGGCAGAAGAUAAGUCAGAUGAAGUCAUCAUUCCCAUUGAAGGUGACGUUUCAGAUGAAGUCAUCAUUCCUAUGGUAGAAGAUAAGUCAGAUAUAGUCAUCAUUAUCAUUGACGACGACGUUUCCGAUGUAGUCAUCGAUCCUACGGUAGAAGAUAAGUCAGAUGAAGUCAUCAUUCCCAUUGAAGAUGACGUUUCAGAUGAAGACAUCGAUUCUACGGGAGAAGAUACGUCAGAUGAAGUCAUCAUUCCCAUUGAAGGUAACGUUUCGUAUGAAGUCAUCAUUACCAACGUAGAAGAUAAGUCAGAUGAAGUCGUCAUUCCCAUUGAAGGUGACGUUCCAGAUAAAGAAAUAAUGCCUACGGUAGAAGAUACGUCAUAUGAAGACAUCAUUCCUACGGUAGAAGAUAAGUCUGAUGAAGUCAUCAUUCCCAUUGAAAGUGACGUUUCAGAUGAAGUCAUCAUGUCAACGGUAGAAUAUAAGUCAGAUGAAGUCAUCAUUCCCAUUGAAAGUGACGUUUCAGAUGAAGUCAUCAUGUCAACGGUAGAAUAUAAGUCAGAUGAAGUCAUCAUUCCCAUUGAAGUCAUCAUUACCAACGUAGAAGAUAAGUCAGAUGAAGUCAUCAUUCCCAUUGAAGAUAACUCAGAUGAAGGCAUCAUUCCUAACGUAGAAGAUACGUCAGAUGAAGUCAUCAUUCCUAAUGUAGAAGAUAAGUCAGAUGAAGGCAUCAUUCCUAAUGUAGAAGAUACGUCAGAUGAAGGCAUCAUUCCUAAUGUAGAAGAUACGUCAGAUGAAGGCAUCAUUCCUAAUGUAGAAGAUACGUCAGAUGAAGGCAUCAUUGCUAAUGAAGAUAAGUCAGAUAAAGUCAUCAUUCUUAUUGAAGAUGAAGAGUCAGAUGAAGACAUUAUUCCUGCGUUAGAAGAUACGUCAGAUGAAGACAUCAUUCUCAUUGAAGAUAAGUCAGAUGAAGGCACCAUUCCUAAUGUAGAAGAUACGUCAGAUGAAGACAUCAUUCCCAUUAAAGUUAACUCAGACGAAGGCAUCAUUCCUAAUGAAGAUAAGUCAGAUAAAGUCAUCGUUCCUAUUGAAGAUAACUCAGACGAAGGCAUCAUUUCUAAUGUAGAAGAUACAUCAGAUGAAGGCAUCAUUCCUAAUGUAGAAGAUACGUCAGAUGAAGUCAUCAUUGCCAUUGAAGAUGACGUUUCAGAUGAAGACAUUAUUCCUGCGUUAGAAGAUACGUCAGAUGAAGACAUCAUUCCUCCGGUAGAAGAUAAGUCAGAUGAAGACAUUCCUACGGUAGAAGAUAAGUCAGAUGAAGUCAUCAUUCCUAAUGUAAAAGAAAAGUCAGAUGAAGUCAUCAUUCCUAAUGUAGAAGAUAAGUCAGAUGAAGGCAUCAUUCCUCCGGUAGAAGAUAAGUCAGAUAUAGUCAUCAUUAUCAUUGACGACGACGUUUCCGAUGUAGUCAUCGAUCCUACGGUAGAAGAUAAGUCAGAUGAAGUCAUCAUUCCCAUUGAAGAUGACGUUUCAGAUGAAGACAUCGAUUCUACGGGAGAAGAUACGUCAGAUGAAGUCGUCAUUCCCAUUGAAGGUGACGUUUCAGAUGAAGAAAUAAUGCCUACAGUAGAAGAUACGUCAUAUGAAGACAUCAUUCCUACGGUAGAAGAUAAGUCUGAUGAAGUCAUCAUUCCCAUUGAAAGUGACGUUUCAGAUGAAGUCAUCAUGUCAACGGUAGAAUAUAAGUCAGAUGAAGUCAUCAUUCCCAUUGAAGUCAUCAUUCCUACGGUAGAUGAUAAGUCAGAUGAAGUCAUCAUUCCCAUUGAAGAUAACUCAGAUGAAGGCAUCAUUCCUAACGUAGAAGAUACGUCAGAUGAAGUCAUCAUUCCUAAUGUAGAAGAUAAGUCAGAUGAAGGCAUCAUUCCUAAUGUAGAAGAUAAGUCAGAUGAAGGCACCAUUCCUAACGUAGAAGAUACGUCAGAUGAAGGCAUCAUUUCUAAUGUAGAAGAUACGUCAGAUGAAGGCAUCAUUCCUAAUGAAGAUAGGUCAGAUGAAGUCAUCAUUCCCAUUGAAGAUAAGUCAGAAGUCAUCAUUCCCAUUGAAGAUGAAGAGUCAGAUGAAGACAUUAUUCCUGCGUUAGAAGAUACGUCAGAUGAAGACAUCAUUCCUAUUGAAGAUAACUCAGACGAAGGCAUCAUUUCUAAUGUAGAAGAUACAUCAGAUGAAGGCAUCAUUCCCAUUGAAGAUAAGUCAGAUGAAGUCAUCAUUCCUAAUGUAGAAGAUACAUCAGAUGAAGGCAUCAUUCCUAAUGUAGAAGAUACGUCAGAUGAAGACAUCAUUCCCAUUGAAGAUAACUCAGACGAAGGCAUAAUUUCUAAUGUAGAAGAUACAUCAGAUGAAGGCAUCAUUCCUAAUGUAGAAGAUACGUCAGAUGAAGCCAUCAUUGCCAUUGAAGAUGACGUUUCAGAUGAAGACAUUAUUCCUACGUUAGAAGAUAAGUCAGAUGAUGUCAUCAUUCCCAUUGAAGAUGACGUUUCAGAUGAAGGCAUCAUUCCUAAUGUAGAAGAUACGUCAGAUAAAGGCAUCAUUCCUAAUGAAGAUAAGUCAGAUAAAGUCAUCAUUCCUAUUGAAGAUGAAGAGUCAGAUGAAGACAUUAAUCCUGCGUUAGAAGAUACGUCAGAUGAAGAAAUCAUUCCCAUUGAAGGUGACGUUUCAGAUGAAGUCAUCGAUUCUACGGUAGAAGAUAAGUCAGAUGAAGUCAUCAUUCCCAUUGAAGAAGACGUUUCAGAUGAAGACAUCAUUCCUACGGUAGGCGAAGGGUCAGAUGCAGUCAUCAUUCCCAUAAAAGAUGAAUGGUCAGAUGAAGUCAUCAUUCCUCCGGUGGUUGAAGUUAUCAUUCCUACGGUAGGCGAAGGGUCAGAUGCAGUCAUCAUUUCCAUUGAAGAUGAAUUGUCAGAAGAAGUCAUCAUUCCUCCGGUAGAUGAAGUCAUCAUUCCUACGGUAGGCGAAGGGUCAGAUGCAGUCGUAAUUCCAGGUGUAGAUGAAGCUGUACAUGAUGUUACCUAUACAGAAAAUAAAAGAAAUAAUAUCGACCAGCACCGGGGAUUUCAAUACAAACUUUUCUUCAAAUGA